AAGGGAACAGCCAAAACGACGUCAUCCCAUUCCAUUCCAUUUUAGGACGCUAAUGUGCAGAGCUUGGUAAUGCUAAUGCAGCGACUUCAUCUUUGUGGCGGAUAUACAUAAAACUUUUUAUUUCUUAUAACAGAAACACAAACAGAGACAAAUAAAGAGAGUGAAUCGAAUUCCGAUGGACGGAAAUAAUAGCAGUAAAGAAGAAGAAAAGCAUGAAAUCAGAAAUGAAAGCGAAAAAAAUGUUGGAUUGAAAGGAAAAUCAUGUAAAGGAUAUUUGUAUUACUCUUCUCAUCUCAAAUCUAACGGUUCUAAUCCUCGCUGCAUCGGCGUCCCUCGUUCUCUCAAUCAAGUUCCCAGUUACAUUGUUGGGCAAACUGAGGUUGAAGCUUCAAAAGAAGGGCGGUCUCUUGUAGAUUUCUAUUAUGGCUGUGCUGGGUAUUCGGUCUUUAUUAAUAAUGAUCAUCCUUCUUCUGAUAAGCAAGCUGCAAAGACACAACUCCCAGUUUGCGUUGGCCUCGAGCUUUUAGUAGAUAGAAGAGUCAAUGCAGGUAAUACUACAUCCGCACCAGCUCAUGUUCACGGUAGAGAAGGUGGCCAAGAUUUAUCUCAGCCUCAGCAUCAGUAUCAAACUCGAACACAGAAACCGGCCCAUUCUGCUGGAGACGACUUCCUGAGCAGGUAUACGAGAAAUGCAAGUCUGGUUGCGUCAGGAGUGUCCAAAAACUUGCGUAAAGUGGGGAAUUACGUUAAAGAGAGUUUGAAUGACAUUGUAUACCCGUACAGAAGACGGCCGAAGUGAGGCUGUCGGUUUUGAGUAUCUAAGGGGAGGAUAAAAAAGGGUAGAUGAAGUAGAAUGAUGCUUCAUGUGCUAUUUUAUAUUUCCAUAAUGUAAUUGUUCUUUCCAACACACCACUUGUAUCUCCAUCUACCCUCUUUAUAAUGAAACGCCUGUGCAUCGUUCUUUUGCCAAAACAUGACAAUAUGGUUCAUUUUGUCUAUGGAAUUGUCAAGGUUGAGCCAAAUGGAGGAGAAUAGGAUGGCAAAGCUUCUUGUUUUUGUAUUACAGUAAUAAGCUGAUAAUCUUCAAAUAGAUGAUCAUGGUAAUUGUUUAA